AUGGCAGCACAUGGCAUCUCACAUUCCACGACGGUGGACUCCCGGGCACUGCCUACGAUCGGAGACGAGAAAGUCGACCAGGAUGUACGACCGGGGCAAGCUACGCAGUUAAGCACGGCACUAGACGAGGCAACGGCCGAUCAGCAAGACACGAGCGACAGCGACGACCAGGACCCUGGAGGCGAGAAAGAACUCGAAGUGCAGGCCGACACGAUAGACAGGCCACGUCCACCACGGCCACAGCCACAUUUACAGCCACCUGAGCCUGGUGCUGGUGCUGAUGCUCGCCCUGAUACCGUCGAGCGUCUGGUCCCUGCUGGGCCCAACGCUGCAUCAUCUACGAAACAUGGCGCCGGCACCAGAAAGACCACGGACACAGAUGCUGAGAAGCAGCGAAAAGGCGCAAUUGCCGCGGCUAAACCUGCAGAUGCUGAAUCGGAGACAGGUGCUGGAGAUGCAGGUGCAGGUGCAGACAACAAGUCAUGCCUGCCGUUCCGCCUUAAUAAAAAUGGCCCCCGCAAAGGUGGGAAGCAGAAAGCGAAAGGUGCUCUUGGCAGGGCCUUCGAGAAGCUCAGCAUGGGUCUCUUCAGCAAGAAGAAGAAGGAAGCGGUCGACGAGAACCCCUACGCCGCUCCACCAACCGCGUUACAGCAGGCUCGAGCCGACAUCGCUCAGGGUCGUGCGCCUGGCGUGCCUGGUGGUCUUCCAUCGAACCCGCGCAUGAACUCGUUCGCUUCUAGCACUGCACCUCCGCCCUACCAGAGCCCUUCGGUGGCAAGCGACAGCAACCGAUUCGGAGAUGAGAAGUACGGCAACCAGAAUGGGUACGGAUCGAACCGGUACGACAACGACAAUGCUUCGGCCUUCAGUCCCAACCAGAGGCGCCCCGGUGGGUACGGCGGUCUUGGCGACGGCGCGGAGAACAAUGAACUGUUCGGUGGUGCUGCCGGUCGAUACGUGCCUCCACAGCAGGGAGCGAAUGAAGCGAAUGGAGCGAACGGACCUCCUGCUUUUCAAUCUCGCCCGAGCCGGUACGAUAACGACCCCUCGAAGAAUACCUUACUUGGCAAUGCUCAAGAUCGAUACAACCCUAUGCCUCAGGCGCAAGGACAGGGGCCAGCAGCAGACGAUGAAUACGGGGGCUAUGGUGCUCCACGGGAGAUGACUGAGGAGGAGAGGGAUAGGGAAGAAGCUCGACUCAUUAACGAAGAGACAAGAGCCGUCAGAAAGGCUGGCGUGGAAUCCGUCAAUCGAUCGCUAGCUGCUGGGCGGCAAGCACUCGCUCUUGCAGCAUCCUCAUCGGCUCGUAUAGCAGAGCAGGACAACCGGCUCCAAAGAGCGGAGCGAAACGUGGAUACGGCGCUGGUGAUGAGUCGCGAAUCGGAAGCCAAGACCAAGGAACUCAACAAGAUCAAUAGCAGCAUGUUUUCCGGCAUGAUGGGGCCCUCGAAAAAGACUCUGAAUAAGAGAGACGCUGCCACUCUUGCGCAAUACCAGAAGGAUAAAGAAAUCCGCGAGGACACAGCGAGAGACGCCUAUCGAUCCGAACAACAGAUGGAGACGACGUUCAAUGACCUUUCUGGCAACAAACCAGGGUCGCUUGGAGCGAAGCGCGGUGGGGCCGAGAGAAGCAAGUUUCUAUUUCAUGACGACGACGAGGAGGUAGAUGAGGUAGAAGCUGCGCGACGUAGGGAAGACGAGGACGACGAAACACAAAUCGAUGAAGGUGUAGAUGAGUUGAUGGACAUGACGCGCAGGCUCAAAGGCGCUGCUAUCGGCAUGGGAACAAAUCUCACGACGCAGAAUGGCCGUCUGGACAGGCUUGGAGGGAAGAUCGAUGCAGUGGACGAUCGUGUCCGGAUGAAUCGCGAGAAGUUGAACCGCAUCCGCUAA